AUGUCCGACGGCGCGAUGGAGAAGAGGCUAGGGCUUGCUCAUAGUCUGAACUUUAGGCCGGCGUUCUGCUUGAGGUCGUCAGUUUUGCUCCCUUGCCGUCGAGAGCGACGAGACGGUGACAAGUCCGACGGCGGCGGCCGGACGGCCGCGGCGUCGCUGGACGUUCGACUAUGCUCUGUUUUUCCUUUCUGCGUCAGCUCUGUUGCUCAGAAAUACUCACAGAGUAGAAGGGAAGAGAGACUUGUUCUGCCGUGCCUUCUUCACGGCAGACGAGCCGCGUCCCUAGACACCCCGCCCACCCACAGCGAUGAACCCAGGGAUGAACCCAGGGAUGAAAGGCGGCGACCACCGCAUGCUGUAUCUCUGUCGCACCAGUUGUAUCGCUGCCAUGUGCUUCGUCGCAGCACCCCAUCGCCGUCGCGGCAUCAGACGUCGCCGCAGCAACAGCAGCAGCAGAAGGUCACCCGGCGUCGGCUAGGGUAUCGGGCGUUGCCUCCAGCUCCGACGGCCACCGCAGCAGAGGAGAGGUGCAAGGGCGAGUUCGGUGAGGAAGCACCACCACCAUGGACGACACCGGCGGCCAUGGGCUGGCCCUCCUGUCCUACUACUCAUCUGCAGCAGAGGAGAUGAGCUGCUGUAGCUAACGGGGUGCACAUGACCAGGACCAGCAGCAGCCAUGGACGGAGGGGAGAACGACGCCCAGCAGCAGCAGCAGCUCAACCGGAGUUGCAAUGAAGCCUCGCCGGAGUUACAAUGGAGCAACGCGGGUCCGCCGAAAACAUAGCUGGCGCUGCAAUGAAACCCCGCCGGAGUUGCAAUGGAGCUUCGUCGGACGCGCCGGUGUUGUGUUGGAGCUUCGCCGGAGUUGCAUUGAAGCUUCACUGGAGCCAGCGGUGCUGCAUUGGAGCUCCUCCGGGGCUGCAAUGGAGCUUCGCCGGAGACGUCGAUGCUGCGUUGGAGCUCCGCCGGGGGCUGCAAUGGAGCUUCGCCGGAAGCGUCGGCGCACUGGUGCUGCGUUGGAGCAUGGAGGUGGUGCGAUGGAGAUACAAGUCUGGGAGGGGGCUGUCCUCGUGGAUAUGCAGCAAGAGGAGGAAGACAGGCUGCGAGCCUAUGGAUCAACCGGCUCGUGUGCCUUAAUCGAACGGCUCCUCAGGGGAUGAUAUUUUGCAGAUAUCAUCCGGUUGAUUUGUAGCAUUGGCCAUUCUAUAUACAUCAAGCUGGGUAAAAUUCCCACGCCCCGGGCCUGAGCCCUGAGUGCCCGGGGCCCAGCUCCGCCCUUGUAUGAGGCGAGUUUGAGACGCCCGGUUGUAGAUGCAUUUAUAUCAUAAAUUGUUUCUA